UGGAGAUGAAAGAGGAAACUACAAGGAACACUCGAUCAGCCUCACUAGGGUUUCGUAAGAAAAAGAAAACAAACGUAUUAAAGCGGGGAAGCUCAUCAUUCAAUGAGAAAGAGGCCCGCUCCUCUACGGAAUUCCAUGAGCCUCUUAACUUUCUCAUCUUGAUCUUACUUGGUGUCCUUGGAGAAAGGUUUCGAGGAUUUGGCAUCUCUCCACUCGUAGAACAUGAUGUAAUCAUGCUGUUCUUUAUCGUGGCAAUAGUUAUCUAUGGCAUUGCAUUUUUGGGGAUGAAACUAGGACCUCAAAACGCAGACUACCUCUACAAGUUCAAGUUUGUUUGCAUCAUUUGUGCAAUUCUUGCAUGUGAGCUGCUUGCAUCAAUCCUUGUCGAUCCUCUUAGGGUUCUCAUUAUUAAUUUAUGUGGAAUCAUAGUAGAGCUCAUUCGUCGCAAGUACAAACAAAUUUGUGAGCACCUAUGUCACGCAGCUAAAGUGGUACUUAACACAUCAAAUAAUUUGUUCAACAAGAUAUGUCAAUCAAUUUGUCACAUACUAGGUUGGAUCCAACAUACAUCUAAAGCAUUCAACAAAUUUACUUUGUUUGGCGGCACAAAGAAACAAGAUCAAGGUGAUGGUGGUCAAGUUGCAGAUAUGGUCUAAUUGGCCCAUUUGUGUGAAAUAUUAAUGUUAAAUUCCCUAUCAAUGAUGUUUAGCUACCUUGUAAUUAAGUGAAUAUCUUAGUGUAUUAGGAGGCUGAAGUGCUCUUAGGCUUACCGUACUAUCAUUGUAUUGUACUGUACUAUACAUGUAUACAACUAUAUAUGCCC